GCCAAGCGCGAAAUUGCGGCUGCGCGGAGUUUCCGGGGAGAGAGAGAGAAUGGAACGUUCGGCGGAGGCAGCGGCGGCGACGGUGGCCGGGAGGAGCGCGAACUUACCUUGGGUAGAGAAGUACCGGCCUCAGACCCUCGGGGAUCUGAUUUCUCACGAGGAUAUUUUGAAUACCAUACAGAAGUUUAUCAGUGAGGACCGGUUGCCUCAUCUCCUACUUUAUGGACCUCCAGGGACCGGCAAGACCUCUACGAUUCUCGCCUGCGCUAAACAGCUUUACAAAGCGAAAGAAUUUGGCUCAAUGGUUUUAGAGCUGAAUGCUUCUGACGACCGAGGCAUUGAUAUCGUCCGAGGGCCUAUCCUGAACUUUGCCAGCACCAGAACCAUUUUCAAGAAAGGUUUUAAGCUGGUGAUUCUGGAUGAAGCCGACGCCAUGACGCAGGAUGCUCAGAAUGCCCUCAGGCGUGUGAUUGAGAAAUUCACCGAGAAUACCCGAUUUUGCUUGAUCUGCAACUACCUUUCCAAAAUAAUCCCAGCUCUACAAUCCAGAUGCACCAGGUUCCGGUUUGGCCCUUUGACGCCACAACUCAUGAUUCCUCGGUUGAAGCAUGUUAUUGAGAAGGAGAAUGUUGAUGUGAGUCCUGAUGGAAUGAAAGCCUUGGUGACGCUGUCCAACGGCGAUAUGCGCCGAUCUCUGAACAUCUUGCAGAGCACCUACAUGGCUUUUGGGAAAGUGACUGAAGAGACGGUUUACACCUGCACGGGGCAGCCUCUCAAAUCGGAUAUCGCCAACAUCCUGGACUGGAUGCUGAAUCUGGAUUUCUCUUCUGCCUAUCGCAAUAUCUUGGAACUGAAGACGCUAAAAGGCUUGGCUUUGCAAGACAUUCUAACAGAAAUUCAUUUGUUUGUUCAUCGAGUUGACUUCCCAACAUCUGUUCGGAUGCAGCUGCUGAUCAAGAUGGCAGAUGUGGAGCUAAACGUCCUGCUUAAGAUGGAUCAUCUCCUGUUCCGUUGUCUUUCAGACACCGCCUGGCUGCGGGGACAAAUGAGAAGAUCCAACUGGGGUCUCUUGUAGCUGCCUUCCAAGUGACCAGAGAUCUGAUUGCAGCCGAGGCUUGACCAAGCUACUCUUCCCGCUGCUUGAUCUACAACCUGGGUACCUAAUGGUUCUCCUUAACAACUCAUCUGAACCAUUCCUGUGGGUCUGGAUAUCCUACAUAUCCUGGAUAUGUUCUCCGGAUCUUUCAGAAGAACUUAAUCCUCUCUAACCAAUCUGGACAGAAUCAAUGCUGGUCUAGAUAAACGAGAAAUGUUCUUCAAGUU